AGGUGUGUCUCGCAAAGGCGCAGCCGUCUAGCUCGACCCGCACGUGUUUCCGUAGCUGUGGGAGCAGCCAGCUGUUAGCUAAGAAGCUACCUGAGCGACAGGUAUCAGCCGCUUCACCGCAAAUCACCGCACAAGUCCCGCACACCCGCAGAACAAAAUGAUCAACGCUUUGCUGUAGCUGAGUUUUGUGUCACAGCUUCAGGUCGUGUCGCGUCAUUAGCUCCGCGACACACGUUAGAUAGCCGGGGGUGGCUAGCUGCUGAGCUAACGUCAACUAGGACAUCGGUCGAGGGGGGUCUUUUGUGCAGGAGGAGCCGCUGCUGCUACUGCGGGCACCGACACACCGGCUCACCGACACACCGGCUCACCGACACAACGGGGCAGGCACCAUGAACGUCGCUAAGAGCGGGUAUCGAGUCUUCUCAGCCAACUCGUCCCCAGCCUGCACGGAACUGGCCAAGAAGAUCACAGAGAGGCUGGGAGUGGAGCUGGGGAAGUCUGUUGUCUUCCAGGAGUCUAACAGAGAGACGAGAGUGGAUGUGAAAGAAUCUGUUCGGGGACAAACCAUCUUCAUCAUCCAGACAAUACCAAGAGAUGUCAACACGGCCAUCAUGGAGCUGCUGGUCAUGGCCUACGCCCUCAAGACGUCCUGUGCAAAGAACAUCAUCGGAGUUAUUCCUUACUUCCCCUACAGCAAGCAGUGCAAGAUGAGAAAGAGGGGCUCGAUUGUGUGCAAGCUGUUAGCGUCAAUGUUGGCCAAAGCAGGACUAACACACAUCAUUACCAUGGACCUGCAUCAGAAGGAGAUCCAAGGCUUCUUCAGCUUUCCGGUGGACAACCUGCGUGCCUCGCCUUUUUUGAUACAGUACAUCCAAGAGGAGAUUCCUGAUUAUCGGAACGCCAUCAUUGUAGCAAAGUCCCCAGCAGCAGCAAAAAGGGCUCAGUCCUACGCUGAGCGCCUGCGUUUGGGUCUGGCUGUGAUUCACGGCGAGGCGCAGUGCUCCGAGUCUGACAUGGCCGACGGUCGCCACUCACCACCAUCUGUACGCAACACCAUCGGACACACAGGACUGGAGCUGCCUUCAGGCAAACAACAAGCCCUGUUCCCCGGCAUAGAGCUCCCAAUGAUGAUGGCCAAGGAGAAACCUCCCAUCACUGUAGUCGGAGACGUGGGGGGGAGAAUUGCCAUCAUUGUGGAUGACAUAAUAGAUGAUGUCGGAGACUUUGUUGCAGCCGCAGAGAUCCUGAAAGAAAGAGGAGCGUAUAAAAUUUUCAUCAUGGCCACACAUGGUUUACUGUCUGCUGAUGCUCCGCGCCUCAUAGAGGAGUCGGCCAUUGAUGAGGUGGUGGUCACCAACACCGUCCCCCAUGAGGUGCAGAAGCUGCAGUGUCCCAAAAUCAAGACCGUGGAUGUCAGCAUGAUUCUGGCCGAAGCUAUUCGCCGCAUCCACAACGGAGAGUCCAUGGCCUACCUGUUCCGUAACAUCACUGUGGACGACUAGAGUUCUCAGACGGUGGAGGCUGAGGUCGCCCUCUCACUCCGAUGCCCGAACCGUCGAUGUGAUUCACAAAUGUUGAUUCUAUUCCAGGGAAGCAGCUGAAGUGCAACCGUGACGUGUUCAGUUGAAUCAGAGCACAUUAAUGCAACAGGUGCGUUAAGAGCCAUUAAAAUGAUUAAACCACGUCAAUGACAUUUACGUUACUGAAACUCAGGAGGCUUUUAGAGGGAAGUUAACUUCAUAAUGUUGAAAUGUUCCUUUGCCUGAAACAUAACCCAGACUCAUAACUGCCGGAUGGAAUUUGGCCGUAAUUAUCUCUUUUCCAGGCAAAAUCAAAUAAUGUAACUGUGUGUUCAGAGGACGUAUAUUAAUAUUAACAUGACUGCUUCCCAAAAGUGAGGCCAAAGCAUCUAGAUCACCCCCUGGUGGCUGGCUGCACUAUAAUCCCACCUCCUCCAUGUACGUGGAUGGGACACGGACCAAACUAAAAAGUACAAGUACACGUUAGGACCUGGAUCGCGUGUAUACAGCGAUACUUUGGCUUCACUUCUGCACAGUUCGAGGAAGUGGGUCGUCCUCUUUAUUCAGUCUGUGGUUCAGACAGAAUUCAAAGGGCGAUGUGCUCAUAUACAGUCGAUAGAAGGAAGAUCACAUGGGAGCUGAACAUGUUUCAACUUGGGUUAAAGAGUUUUUACGUAUCCCAAAGCUUUACGAUUGUGUUUGAACGACUCUGAAGGAAAUAAUAAAACGCUUUCAUGCAAAUGGUGGAAAAUUCAUUUCUCUUCUCGCCUCGAAGAAUGUCAUGAAUAAAUCAGACGUGUUCAUGAAGUUCAAUGUGACACACUACAUGUUACCCUUUGUACUCCUCACGUGUUUUUCUAUCAGACAUACGUUUUUGAAACAUUUCCAAUUCAACAGCACAGCUUAUAAACCAGAAGAUUCAAGUCUGCCUCGAUCUCAUGUGUCUGUUCAUGUGUAUGUGUCUGUUCCACUGAGUGAUGCACAUAAGUGCGUUUUUAUGUGAAUCCAAUUUGUGCUCGUGUGCAGGGAAGCGAUGUGAACUCAGUCCUGUGACCUAAUCGUGUGAUCAGAAUUCACCACUGCAGCAGCGUGUGCGGCUCUGAUCACCUGGUGUUGAGCUGAUUGUGAAGAACUUGUUGCACAUGAGAAGAACAGAAGUAGAACAGAGCAAACAACAUCUGGAUUCUGAACAUGUGAGAUGUCUGGG